AUGCAGCUCAAUAGUACUUUCAAGGAAAUCCCGCAAAAGAAGCAGUUGGACUGGACUAUUUGGACUGGUCCUCAUGCUGUGCCAUUAGGCUGGAACGGCGACUUUUCAUUGAAGCCCUUCGGUCCCAAUUUUACGGUCUACUUCGAGCGCCUGCCGUUUGCAAAUUGCCAGUGGGAAACCUGGGAAGGCCUUGAGAAGACCCUCGUUGAAUUCAAGAAAUUCAUCAAGGAGAAUGGGCCCUUUGAUGGUGCCAUGGGCUUUGACAUGGGCGGAGAAUUCUUAGUCCACGUGGCAAAAAUGGCCACCGAGGGGGACCCCGAGCUGCAAGGGGCUUUCCGCUUCUUGAUCCUCUUCACCACAACCGCACCGAAACAUUUGUCUCCGAUGGGCAGGGAGCGAAUCAAAGCCCCUCUACAGAUCCCAAGUGUUUGCAGCUGGUCCAACUCAGAUGAAAACCAUCCGUACAUGGAGUAUGAAGAGCUUCCACUCUUUAUCCACCCAGACUUCAGAGAAGUGAUUGUCCACAAAGAUGGACACAAGCCACCGCUUCUCAAGAAGGAUCAACCUGAGUUCUGGCGACUUGCACGAUUCCUAGAUGCUAUGGAAAAGGGAAAUGUAUUCACACCCACAGAUCAUGAGGACAAUGGUGUGCGCAGGAGUCUGUGGCUGCCCGUUCAAAGAGGUUUGGCUUCUGAGCCUCCUGCUGGCAAGAGGCAGUUGCUAGUGGUUCCAGAUCCUUUGGGAGCAGGGCCAGACUUGCACAGAGUGAUGGAUGCCUUGCAGGCGAUGCAAGCCAAGGGUGAAGCCCUUGAAUUCAAGGGAGAGCCAUUUGUGAGCAGUGGCUCUCCCCCAAAGCCAAUCCAGAGACUGGCCUUGCUGAUGGAGCUGUGCCAGGCGUCACAUGAGGUUUUCUCGAAAGAUGGCUCUGACCUUGAUGUUCAACACGUGACUUUCACUGAGGACCAGAAGAUUAAUUGGCAUUGCCAAGCGUCCGAAGUCCCUUCACGUCAGCUUCUCAGCAAAGAUAUUGUUCAGGAUGAAGAGCACGACCUGCGGGUUAGGGCUUUGGCCACCAAACUUUUGGAGUCGAUCAAAGUCUCUGGAGGCCCUGGCCCGGCACUUGUAGGAUUCGCCAGUGGUGCCUUUAUCGCCUUUGCCAUGGCCCGAGAGCUGGUGGCUACAGGUGUUAAGCCCUUGGGCUUGUGGCUGGUGAAUCCACCACUACGUUUACCUUGGUCCAUGACCGCAACGCCUUGUUGUCUCAAGGACUGCCCUGUGCAGGUGCUUGUUGACCAGGAUUCGACGUAUGGUCCGCCAUGGAGAUAUGAGGUGGCGACCUUUGGCCCCUUCUCAACAGCCGUCUAUGUCGACUUAAAUGAUAUGGCUUCAAAGGUUGUGUCAGCUCUUCGUGGUUCAUAA